AUGUCCCCUCGAAAGCGCCAGCGCACCGCUCCAUCCAACCCGAGUUCAUCCAGCCCACUCACGGCAAUUGCCCCUGCGAUAGCCACAUCGGCUACGUCACAGGUCACUGCCGUUGCCGUUUCCGAACCCACCAACCGCCCAACGCGACAGAUGCCUCUGAUCAGGGAUAGGAGCGGCAGCGAAACCAAGAACACUCCUCAAAAUUCACAGAAACAGGUCCGAAAGGCACGAAGUUGGUACGGCUCCUGGCCACGCGUCCCAAAGUCGUCCGCGUCUACCCAGCUUGCACGAGAAACGAUAUUCGGGGGCACACCCAAGCCCCUGAGUACACCCGACUUUCGCCGAUUUGAUACGAAGAAGAGUACAGACUCGACGAGUUUCGACGGUCCCGCCGACUCCUCAACGUCCUUACCGCAAAUACCCGAAAACGGCGCUGUAAUGACAAGAGAUAACAUCACAAACACAAAGACGGACAGCGAUACCAUAGCAGUGGAAGACACCGACUCAAAUCCAUCACAUAUAACGAAAGGAACACCUACAAGUACCGACGACACCGCAAAGCCGAACGAAGAGCAUCAGACAGCCCAGCAAACUGCCGCCACGGCAGGCUGGUUCGGCUGGCUGGCACGGGCACCAGUGACAGAGACGCAGGCAUUCACGCCGGUCGAAGAGCAACCGAAAGAAGUGGCGCCUUCGAAAGAACCUGAAGUUCAAGCCGAGGUCCAGGCUGUAUCAGUUGAUGAACCCCCGGCACCGGAAACACACGAAGAGCAACCCGGUCCAAACCUGCAGGCAUCAACGAAUUCGUGGUUCGGUUUCUGGUACUCGAACCCUCCUAAAACAGAAGCCCCUCCAAAAGACGCCACAGUGAAGGCGGCGAGCGUCAUCGAGGGCGCCGGUGCUACAGAGCCACCUGCGAAGGAACCUGAGGACGUAGUCAUGGACGACGCACCUCCGCCGCCAAAGCCAGAGCCUGCCAAACAACCGACGGCCGGAUCGACUUGGGCCUUUUGGUCGAGGGAGACUCGCCCCAAGGCCGAGGGAACGAAGACUGCAUCGGCACAGCCUGAAUCCGGGGAGUUGGCAGUGAUUGGACAGGGGUCGGAGGCUCACCCUGAGCACACUGGCCUGAAAGUCAACCAGAACCAGUCCGACGGCAGUGUAAAGGAUGGGAAAACUGCCAAAUCAUCAAAUGACGCAAAGUCGUCCAAAACUACCAUUUCGGGCAUGGUAUCUGCGCCCUCGACACUCGGGAGAAAGAGUAAGAGAACCCGGCCCCAGUCGGUGGACCUAGACGCACCUUCAAGGCCGGGGACUCCCAAUCGACCAGAAUCGGUAGCCUCAUCCAAGGCCUCCAUCAUGGAGGCAACGCUGAGAGAGCCACCCCUCAAACCAGGGACACCAAAGACCAGUAGUAGUCAGGAAACCCCCAGCAAGUCAACGCCAGCGAAUCUGGUGUUACCAUCAUUUGGGGGCACAUAUCGGAUGAAAGAGAACCCAUCAAUUGUCAAACAAAUCACAUCUUUACUGCUCAGGACUCGACAGCCACCCGCGAAUCAUGUGUACAGAGCAAAAGAGACACCCAAGAUCAAGAAGGCCAUUGCCAUCGGUGUCCACGGUUUGUUUCCCGCUACGUAUCUACGACCCAUGGUUGGGCAGCCCACUGGGACUUCGUUGCGAUUUGCAAACUUGGGUGCCGAAGCCAUCAGGAGGUGGACCGACGCCCACGGAUGCCCUGAUUGUGAGAUCGAAAAGGUGGCACUAGAGGGCGACGGAAAGAUUGCUGACAGGGUAGACAAUCUGUGGAAGCUGCUUCUGAAUUGGAUUGACCAGAUCCGUAACGCGGAUCUGAUACUGGUUGCAUCCCAUUCCCAGGGUGUUCCGGUGGGAGUCAUGUUGUUGGCCAAGCUGAUAGACCUCGGCAUCAUAACUAAUGCCAAGCUCGGUGUUUGCGCCAUGGCCGGCGUCUCGUUGGGCCCGUUUCCUGACUACAAGUCGAGCAUGGGCAUUCUCAUGGGAGCCGCCAACGAGCUGUGGGAAUUCUCGAACCCGGAUAGCGAUAUCUCGAAGAGAUAUGAGCACUCCCUAAAAGAAGUGCUCCAGUACGGCGCCAGGAUCACUUAUAUCGGCAGCAUUGACGACCAGCUUGUGCCGAUGGAGUCAGCCGUCUACUCGCCCGCAUCCCACCCUUACAUCUACCGCGCCGUUUUCAUCGACGGCCGCAUCCACGCACCAGACUUUAUCGCCCACCUCGUUGGCUUCGCCCUGAAACUCCGCAACCUGGGCGUCUCUGACCAUGGGCUGCUGAGGGAACUCUCAACGCCGCUCGCGGGCAGCCUUUACUCGGGCGAGGGCCACUCGCGCCUCUAUUACGACGAUCAAGUCUACGACCUCGCGCUCGCACAUGCCCUGGAGACCUCGGACGUGCGCCCCAACCCGCCCGCCACCGUCACCCACCGCCGGGACGCCAACUCCUCCCUCGCGAAUCCAAACCCGUACCAUUUGCCGUGGAUUAUGCGCGGCCUGCUUGAGGAAGACUUUGUCCGCACGGAACUUUCCUCCGAGACAGAAGAGCUACUGCGGCAGUUUGACGACUGGAAGCCGGUCACGAAGGCACUCAAGGACGUCAAGUACCGAUUAGAGGCUAUUCGAUCCAAGCUUUAG